AUGUCAACUGUGCUGGAAUCGCUCGCCAAGCUCUCCAUUACCCCCAAGUCCGUCUCACACGAAGCGGUUGCCGACAACAAGGCAUGGGCGAAUGCCUUGGCCGCUGUUAAUCCUGGCUUUGACUAUAAGGUUACCAAAAGCUUGAUUCUAAAGCCAAAGACAGCCAAAACUGCCACACCCACGCCUGUUGUCGUGAUUGCACUUGACUCCACCGAAACCAAUGCUACCGCUUUGGGCAAGAAGCUUUCGCUCAAGGAAUGCCGAUUUGCCAAUGAGGAUCUUUUGAAGGAUACAUUUGGUGUUGCCAAAGAUGCUGUUUCACCUUUUGCUUUAUCGAACGUGUCCGACCUCUCGUUGAUCCAUUUGGUCGUUGAUACCGCACUUUUGGCUCUUUCUGAUACAACUCUUCUUGCGUUCCGCGAGGGCGCAGCCGAUAAGACUGUCUUUGUUUCUGUCGAUGAAUUGAAGUCAUACUUUAAGUCUCUUGGAAAAGACACGAUUGAAGUUGAUUUCUCGACCUUGGCCGCAGCUGCAGCAAAGCCUGCUUCUGCUCCUGCUCCAAAGGCAGCCAAGAAAGAAGCGUUAGGUCCUGCUGAAGAUAUCCACCAGAUGGGCAUCGAAUACAAGAAGGAUGUGGACUUUUCUAAAUGGUAUCAACAGGUUUUGAUUAAGAGUGAAAUGUUGGACUACUACGAUGUUUCGGGUUGCUACAUUCUUCGCCCGUUGUCGUACAACAUCUGGAAGCAAAUCACCAAUUUCUUUGACAACGCAAUCACCGAGAUGGGCGUGGAGGAUACCUACUUUCCUAUGUUUGUUUCCAACCGUGUUCUCGAGCGUGAAAAGGACCACAUUGAAGGAUUUGCCCCUGAAGUCGCUUGGGUAACCAAAGCAGGCUCAAGCAACUUGGAAGAGCCUAUCGCUAUUCGUCCCACCUCGGAAACAGUCAUGUAUCCGUACUUCUCAAAAUGGAUUCGUUCUCAUCGUGAUCUUCCCUUCCGUAUCAACCAAUGGUGCUCCGUUGUCCGUUGGGAGUUCAAGAACCCCCAGCCUUUCCUGCGUACCCGUGAAUUCUUAUGGCAGGAGGGACACACAGCCCAUUUGACCCAGGAAGGUGCCGGUGAAGAAGUGCUGCAAAUUCUUGACCUGUACGAACAAGUUUACAACGAUUAUCUUGCUUUGCCUGUCGUCAAGGGUGUCAAAUCCGAAAAGGAGCGGUUUGCAGGUGGUCUUUACACUACCACCGUCGAAGGCUUCAUUCCUGCUACUGGCCGUGCUGUUCAAGGUGGUACUUCUCACUGCUUGGGCCAGAACUUCAGUAAAAUGUUUAAUAUCACUGUCGAGGAUCCCAAUGCACCCGCCAACCUCUCUGAGGAGGCCAAGAAGAUUCACGUUUGGCAGAACUCAUGGGGUAUUUCGACGCGUACAAUUGGUGUGAUGGUUAUGGUCCACGGUGAUGACAAGGGCUUGGUCCUCCCUCCCCGUGUCGCUCUUCAUCAAACUGUGGUCAUUCCCUGUGGUCUUACUGUCAAGUCGACGCAGGCUGAUACCGAUAAGGUGUUUGAUGGCUGCAAGGAAAUUGCUGCUCGCCUCAAGAAGGUUGAUAUCAAGUCUAAGGCUGAUCUUCGUGACAACUACACGCCAGGCUUCAAGUUCAAUCAUUGGGAAUUGCGCGGUGUACCCCUCCGUAUUGAAUUGGGUCCCAAGGACCUUCAAAAGUCUCAGGUUACCUGCGUCCGUCGUGAUAACGGUGCCAAAUUUGCCGUGCCUCUGGACAACCUUGAAAAAGGUAUUCAAGAGGCCCUCGAUACCAUUCAGCGUGAAAUGUAUGAGCGCGCUAAGGCCAAGAUGGAGGAAUCGAUUGUACGCGUUAACAAAUGGGAAGAUUUUGUACCCACUCUUAACGCCAAGAAGCUUUGCUUGAUUCCUUGGUGCGAUCGCAUGGCGUGCGAAGAUGAAAUCAAGGACAACUCUGCUAGAACCUCACAACAACCCAGCUUUAUUCUAACAAUAUUCUCACAUUAUGAAUUCAGUGCCAACGAAGGCGAGGAAGAAGACGAGCGCGCUCCUUCCAUGGGUGCCAAGUCCCUCUGCAGACCUUUCGAACAACCAACCGAUCAACCUAUUGUCCCCGGCGAAACCAAGUGUGUUGCCUGUGGUCAAGAUGCCAAGCACUACAUGUUGUUUGGCAGAAGCUACUAA